GUCUUUCGGUCAUUGUUCAGGUUGACUAGCUAAGGUGCUAGUUAGAGGCUACACCAAAUUUCAAAGACGUUUUAACUUCUCAUACAUGCACAUAAGUCCUUUUGAAUUUCCAACACAUCCGACUCUUGAGAGCUUGUCAAAUCAACAAUGAGCAAGAGGAAAGCGCCGCAGGAGUCCCUAAAUGAGGGAAUAACAGAUUUUCUUGUCGAGCUGGCCAAUUACGAGAAAAACGUCAACAGGGCAAUACACAAGUACAAUGCUUACAGGAAAGCAGCAUCUACCAUCUCCAAAUACCCUAACAAAAUCAAAAGUGGUGAAGAAGCCAAGAAACUGGAUGGUGUUGGAGCUAAAAUAGCAGAAAAGAUUGAUGAGUUCCUACAAACGGGCAAACUACGGAAACUGGAAAAGAUACGAAAUGACGACACCAGCUCGUCCAUCAAUUUCCUCACCAGAGUUACUGGAAUUGGCCCCGCUGCUGCCAGGAAGUUUUUUGAAGAAGGUGUGAAGACGUUAGAAGAUCUGAAAAAGAUUGAGCACAAGCUAAACCAUCAUCAACAGAUUGGACUCAAGUACUUUGAGGAAUUUGAAAAAAGGAUUCCACGAGCUGAAAUGGAAAAAAUGGAGACUCUUAUCCUUGGAGAGUUGAAGGAGAUCGAUACAGAAUAUAUUGGAACAAUCUGUGGAAGCUACAGGAGAGGUGCUGCAUCAAGUGGUGAUAUUGAUAUUUUGCUGACCCACCCAGACUAUACCUCUGAGUCUGAGAAGCAGCCCAAGCUCCUGCAUGCAGUGGUUGAACAUUUGGAGUCCAUUGGGUUUGUGACAGACACUCUGUCGAAGGGAGACACCAAGUUCAUGGGAGUCUGCCAGCUGCAGCAGAGUGAUGAAGAUGAGGAAGAAUACCUUCACAGGCGUAUUGAUAUCAGGUUAAUUCCCAAAGAUCAGUACUUCUGUGGAGUUCUGUAUUUCACUGGAAGUGACAUCUUCAAUAAAAACAUGAGAACUCAUGCUCUGGAGAAGGGCUUCACUCUUAAUGAGUACACCAUACGACCACUUGGGGUCACAGGUGUGGCAGGCGAGCCUCUGUUGGUGGAUAGUGAGAGAGACAUCUUUGAAUACAUCCACUACAAAUACAGAGAGCCAAAGGACCGCAGCGAGUGAAGCAAAGGACAGCUGACAGUUAACGUCUGUAUUUGAAGCUACAAACAAGAUCUGGUGCAUGUGUAAAAUGUGUGUUUUAGUGUGUCACUCUUUUAUACCGUUCAGUUAUACUGUAAAUAUUUGUUUUGGACAGGUUUUCUUAAGUUGAAAUCAUCACCAUUGAUGCUCUGCAACAAAAUUGUUAUUUUAUUUUGACCUUAAGUUUAAUUCUUCAUGGUCAUGUGUCUUUGUGAAGGCUUUUGGGCACCAUUUUCAGUUUUGCAAGUCAUGCAACAAUAAUUUAUUUGUACUUUUUUCAUCUCACUUGUACAUUUCAUUCUUAAUAUACCAAAACAAAAAAGGAUUAUAACCUGAGAUGAGUAAUCCUAAUGUUUGCUUCUGUUACAGGACAACUCUCAUCAAGGCAUUUUGACAGUAGUGUCCUUUAACGCUUUAGCUAAGUGGUUGCAAGGUGUAGAUAUAGUUGGUAAAUAUGCAGACAACACAGCAGUAUCACUUCUAUAUCUUAUUUUUUUUAGUGUGUUUUUAAACUUGGAAACUUUCUCAAACAAUAUGAGCAAACUAAUGAAUUAAAAAGAAGAAAUACAAUGUUGCAAACAGUAUUGGUUUCUGGUUAUAGACACUAAUUUGGGAUAAAUCAUGGAUUUAUUGAGACAAAUGAGAAUAUACAUCUUCCUCGCUUGUGGAUCGAUGUGUGAAUAUGGCUGUUACACUGGUAGACUUGAAGAAUCUAGUGUAUUUGGUUGUGUGAAAAUUAUGACUGACUGUUACAGUAGAUCUGGACAUUGUUGUAUCUUUUGUUGUGCUUUUCAGGGGGACAUUUUGAAAGCAGAACAUUCAAGUAAUAAACAUAAUCAGGUAA